AUGCCAUCGAAAAUCAACAAAAUUGGUUUUUAUAAAUAUGUGUGUAAUUUGAGAUUAUAUCCGUCUUUACGACUUCUUAAUCAACAUCGUCAUCAUCAUAAUCCCGCCAAUGAAUGUAUGUGCGAUAAAUGUGGAAAAAUUGUACGUACCCGUAACACUCUCGAUAAACACAAAAAAGCAGUGCACGGCAUCAAGCCCCCUAAACCUCAAUUACAGUGUAAAAUCUGCAAAAAUUGGUAUACUGGCAAAGGGAAUUUACAGCAUCAUAUAAGCAACAUACAUUACAGUGAAACUAAAAGAAAUGUUUGUGAAAUUUGUGGUUUUGUAUCCACAACGAGAGCAGCCAAAUUGAAGCACAUAAUUUAUAAGCACAAAUCGGAUAAGAAACAUGAAUGUACGGUGUGUAAGAGGACAUUUAAGGUGCCACAUUUAUUAAAAGAACACAUGGCUACCCAUACAGGAGUGGACUUGUAUAAAUGUUCCUAUUGCCCGAAUACUUUUAAAUCCAAAUCCAAUAUGUAUAAUCACUGCAAACGUUUCCAUACCGAAGAAUUUGAGAAGAGAAACAAACGUUUACGUGUUCCAAAAUAAUAUAGUGCUAGAAUGUUUUUUAUUAAAAUUUAUUUAAAACUUUA